UUCGUGCCGUUACGGUAGGUCCAUUCUGUACCAGUCUCAUGACAUUCUUCACAGCUGUCUUUAGUGCGCACUAAUGGUAAUGGACGCUCGUGCGUUGAGACGACGAAUAUAAUGAGUUUAAUAGAGAACAACACGGAGCAAUGCGGUAAUAGUCUAACUCGAGAGCUCACACAGAAUCCCUUAAAGAAAAUAUGGGUGCCAUCCUCCAAAAACGGCCUUCCAGAGAGACAUAUUAGUCAAAGAAAGGUAUGCAUGACCAACUGCCCCACACUUAUAGUAACUGUGGGUCUACCAGCCAGAGGAAAGACCUACAUCUCCAAGAAACUGACACGCUACCUCAACUGGAUUGAUGUUCCGACAAAGGAGUUUAACGUUGGGCAGUACAGACGUGAAUGUGUGAAGAUCUACAAAUCCUUUGAGUUCUUCAGGCCAGAUAAUGAAGAGGGGCUUAAAAUCAGGAAGCAGUGUGCUUUGGCAGCUCUCAAUGACGUACGGCAGUUCCUCACAGAUGAAGGUGGCCAGGUGGCGGUCUUUGAUGCCACAAACACAACACGAGAAAGGAGAGAGACGAUCAUCAGAUUUGCAGAGCAGAAUGGUUUCAAGGUUUUCUUUGUAGAAUCUGUGUGUGAAGACCCUGAUGUUAUUGCAGAGAACAUUGUGCAAGUGAAGUUGGGCAGUCCAGACUACACACACUGUAACACAGAAGAAGCUGUCGCAGACUUUAUGAAGAGGAUAAAAUGUUAUGAAAACUCCUAUCAGCCACUGGAUGAGGAACUGGACAGGGACCUUUCGUUCAUAAAGAUCAUUGAUGUGGGGCGGCGGUACCUGGUGAACCGGGUCCAGGACCACAUACAGAGCCGAAUAGUUUACUACCUCAUGAACAUACACAUCACACCCCGCUCCAUCUACUUGUGCCGGCAUGGAGAGAGUGAUCUGAAUGUCAAAGGUCGUAUCGGAGGAGAUUCAGGUCUUUCGGCAAGGGGAAAGCAGUUUGCUGAUGCUUUGGGCCAGUUUAUCCAGUCGCAGAAUAUCCGUGAUUUGAAGGUGUGGACGAGUCAGAUGAAGAGGACCAUACAGACAGCAGAAGCUGUGGGUGUACCAUAUGAACAGUGGAAAUCUCUCAAUGAGAUAGAUGCUGGUGUUUGUGAGGAGCUCAUGUAUGAGGAGAUCCAGCAGAAGUAUCCCCUGGAGUUUGCAUUACGGGACCAGGACAAAUAUCGUUAUCGCUAUCCCAAAGGAGAGUCCUAUGAAGACUUGGUCCAGCGUCUGGAACCAGUGAUCAUGGAGUUGGAGCGGCAGGAAAAUGUUCUGGUUAUCUGUCAUCAAGCCGUCAUGAGAUGCCUGCUGGCCUACUUUCUGGACAAGACUGCAGAGGAACUGCCUUAUCUGAAAUGCCCUCUACACACAGUAUUGAAGUUAACACCAGUGGCCUAUGGUUGUAAGGUGGAGUCAGUCUGUUUGAAAGUAGAGGCUGUGAAUACACACAGAGACAGACCGACGAACGUUAAUGUGCACCGUACUGCCGAGGACGCUUUACAGACUGUCCCGCCUCACCUCUGACCUACAACCACGCCUUCGCACCAAUCACUACACCUGUGUCUCUGAUCUGAGCCUCGGAUUACAAUUAAAAAGGUCAACCCUGCCUUCAGAUAGACUCCUGUUGAAGUUCUGGUCUGUCUUGUAAACCUGGAAUCAGUUGAUGUGUAAGAUAUCUACUGGUUGUAUAUAGUAUGUGGUUUCUCACUCAAUGUUUUGAAACAGCCAUUAUCAGUUUACAUGGCAUGAGAUACUCGGAGCCCGGGAGCACUUAUUUGUACUUAUGGGGUUUGGGAAAUAUGUGUUCCAGAUGGAUGUUACUUUAAAUACUAUGGCGCUUAUAUGUAUAUGUAAUAUACAUAUAUUUACAGAUAUGUCGAUUAUACCUAUGGGAAAUGCAGGUAUGUUAUUUUGCUGCUGCUCCAAUAUUUGUGCUCUCAUUUUGUCAAAUCAAAAAGGUAAUCUCUCUGUUAUUUUGAGAGAUGGAUGACAAAAAAUUUUUUUGUUUGUGUGUGUGUACAUACAAAUCAGAGAAAAACACUCACUGUGUCAAAGAAUUGUAUUAAGUUAAACUCCCUAUAAUGAUAGAGCAUCUUUAUUUAUCUUAUUUUUAUGUGCUUUCAUCUGACAAUUAAAUCAGACUUAUUGAUUCAAGUGCUAGUUGUUUUAAAUCAACACUGACAGUUGCUCAGGCAGGUAUUUUUAUAUCCUGUAAAUUUUAUUCAGAGUAAUUGUGCAGAAUAUUUUAACUGCAUGUUUCUGAGAAAUUGAAGUGCUUGUGAGAAGAAAAAAAAACAAGCUGUUUGUUACAUUAACAAAUUUGGGAACAAGAUUAAAAUCUUAGUAUUUGUAUUUACGAUAUUAAACGUUCUGCAAUGAUUCAUUAAUAUAAAUUUCCAUAUAAGGAUUAAAAUAUAGUACAAAACGAUAAACUAAGUUUAUCUGAGUCUGUCUGAUGUUUUCUGUAAUUCUUUUAGUUCAGUAAAACAAGUUUAGAUCCACUGAAUUGUUGCCUCAAACCACAUCCAAAGAGUGCUAUGAUAAUUACUGUACAUUUGAAACAGAUCUUGACUAUAUAAAUGAGAUUUUCUGGAGUAUUAUUGGUUGUAUUAUGAUUAUUUGGUGCCAGUAUCACACUAAAUAUAUAAAGAUAUGUUUUGAUGUAAUGUGGAUCAGUAGUAAACAUCACAGAUUUGAAUUAAUUGAAUGGAAUGUCUGUGUAUCCAAAUAAUUUUUCAUAUUGCUACACUAUGUUGACUUGAGAUAACAAAGAGACAAAUAUUGUAUAGCUACAACAGCAUUAUGGGUAAAUAAAUAAUAAUAAUAAUUGAUGUCAAAUUACAUGGAUUUUUUUUUGGAGCCAUUGAAUCUGUGUUUGUGUGUGUUUGAACUGUAUCUCCUCCUUGAAUAAACUUUUUGUGGUGAUUUUA